GACGCCGCUAGGGGCGCCGCGCGGCCCGGCCCGGCCGCUGCCCUGGAGACGGUUGCGGCGGGGCGAGGCCCGAGGCCGGCGGCGCCCCCGCCAUGCUGCCCGCACGGCGCCGGGAGGCUGCGGCCCCCAGCGCCGUCCCCUACUGCUACUGCAGCCUGCCCCGCGCCCUGCCCGCCCGCACCAAGUACCGAGCGCCGCCGGAGGCCACCCAGCCGGAGAAGGAACCCCUCCGCUAUGCCAACCUCAUGUACGACCGGCGGGUGGUGCGCGGCAACACUUACGCCCUUCAGGUCAUACCCACGAGUACCCAGCCUGAUCUGUUUGAGAUUCAAAGGCAGAGAGAAGCACGGAGAAGAGCACUGGCUAGAAAGAGAGAGAAAGAGCAAAUGCAGAUAAGAACACCUGAGCCUGUAGAAGGCAGAGAGCAUGUUCACGUGCAGACAGAGCUGUAUUUGGAAGAGAUUAGUGACCGGAUAAUAGAAGUUGAUACGGAGUGUCAAACAGAUGCAUUUUUGGACAGACCACCCACUCCUUUCUUCAUACCAGCCAAAACAGGAAGAGAUGUGGCCACGCAAAUAGAAGAAGGAGAGCUGUUUGACUUUGACGUUGAAGUCGAGCCAAUCCUGGAAGUGUUGGUUGGGAAGACCAUGGAGCAAGCUUUGCUGGAAGUCAUGGAGGAAGAAGAGCUGGCCCAGCUGUGGGCACGUCAGCGUGCCUACACUGAACUGCGCAAUGCCGAGCUGGCUGAGGUGCAGCGCCUGGAGGAGCAGGACAGGCGGUACAGGGAGGAGAAGGAACGUCGCAGAAUCCAGCACAUGCAAAUGCUACAGAAACAGAAAGAGACAAUAGAGAAAAUUGCAGCUUGGGCAUUUGCUAAACGUUACUUGACUGAUCUCAUUCCUUCAGUCUUCAGCAAUCUUCGUGAGAGUGGGUUUUUCUAUGAUCCUAUAGAAAGAGAUAUUGAGACAGAAUUCCUUCCAUGGCUGAUGACAGAAGUGGAAGAAACACUAGAGAAGAAGGUUCUGGGAAGGAUGAUGCUUGACUCCUUGAUUCGUACAGUGGUUGAAAAACGCUUGGAUGCCUUUAGCCAAGAACCUCUCUCUGGUCAGACAGAGGUCCCUGCUGAAGAGCCCGGGCCGAUAGACGCAGCCUCGCAGGAGGCUGAUGAGACAGAAGCUGCUGACCUGCCGGUCACAGCAAGUGAAGAGAGUGACCAGCCUGUUGCUGAGGAACAGCUUUCACGUCGCAUCUCUUUCCAGUUAGAGGAACCCGAUCAAGCAGAAACAGAGGACCUGGAAACUGAGUAACAAGCAGGUACCUCGAUUCUGCCUACCAAGGGCUGUAAUUGCUGGUUGGCUUUUAUGCUGAGGGGGAUGAGGAAAAGAGGAGACGUCGCCAAUGAGAACUGAGAACACAUGCACCUCGUAUCUGACUUGUAUGCAUUCUUUAUCAAACACCAGGAGCUGAAUCAUGCAAAAAUCCUUGAGCAAGAUUGUUUCCUCUCAAUCCCAUUCAGGUAGAAGAGUUGCUGCAGAGGCUCCAUCCUUCUGUUGUAUUUGUGCAGACCUAGUUUAGAUAGAAAUGACUUACCCAGUGUGGCCUUGAAAGAAAGUUGAGAAUACAUUUUUUCUGUUGUUACAGACCUCCCUUUUCUUACAGGUUUCUAGAAGUGUACUGCAAUGUGCUCUAUGUGUAUGUCUUUGUUCUGAUUUUAAUGUGUAGCUGUGAUACUUCUGUACCAUUUAGGCAUGCUAGCCUGGAGAGGAAAUUGAUGGUGUAACUUACUGUU